CGGAUUGUCAGGGCCACCGAUAAGUGGUCGCGCGCGCAUCUGUCUCAGCAGUUUCAAUCAGUCUGCGAGCACAAAUCAUUUAUUGGCGUUGGACGACAACAAUCGCGCGAACAUGCGUUUCGUGCCGCUUUGAUUGCCGAGUAGAGACAGCACGUAAUUCGUGUCGACAGUCCGUCCGCAAUUGAAGAACGAGAAUAUGGAUCCAGGUAUUUAGAGAAUGUAGGCAAAGAGACUAUCUUGAAAGUAACAGACUGGUUACGUGGAAUCUGGGAAAUGAGGCGACGUACUGGGCCAGUUCAACAAUGGAUUGACUCAAUACCAUUGCCUACAAAGUCAGAUGUUAUUGUUGCAAGCGAGUGUGAAGAAUAUAUGCAAAGUAAACCACUAACACCAACAGAGCCUAAAGAUAUUCUAUUGACAAAGGAAUCGAGGCCUCCAAGUAUGACUGUAUCGGCACCUAUUAAUGUUCCUAAUUCACCAGCAAUGAAUACACCUAUACUACCAAGUUCUUUACCACAUAGACUGGCUCGAGAUGCAAGUUUUCAAUCAGAUAGCAGUCACUGCAGCAGCGUCGAGAGCCUAUUAGAAUUACGAAAGGCAGAUCCAACAGCGAUUUUGCUCGAUCUCGGUUUCGGCGGUUGCUCAACCAGUCCGCAAGAAAAUGGUCCAUUUUCUCGCAUUCCUAAGAGGUUCCUACAGCCAUCGUCUUUAAAAGGCAUCGCCAUCGAUGAUUUUGUUAAGCAGCAACAACAGACCAGCGAGUCUUUUGACUCAGUAUCCUUAGGAUAUAGGGGCCUAACGGGAUCGCCGUAUGUAGCCCCGUCGGAAAUUGUACAAAAAAUCAUGGAACGUUUGCGAGAACAUGACAGUCAUGAGGUGGAUACCAGUGCGUACAAUCACUGCGAGCAGUACAGCCCGUCACAUCAGAACGGGAGAUUAUCCGUUCUGUCUCCCGACAACAGGCAGUUCUUGGAACAGCCACGUUCCAAAAGUCCUGACAUGCGUAAUAAGCGUAUGAUUAUAGGCCAAAAGUCGUUCGCCUUUGGAUGCGAUGGUAAUUUGAUCGAAAUAUCUGCCAAUGAUGUGAAACAUACGUCCAUUGACACGGUAGCUAAUUGUAAUGCUACGUCGAAUGUUGAUGAGUCUAUAGAAUCAAAACAAUCAUUUUCGGCAGAAAGGGUAACGUUUGAGCAUUCGUAUUUUUCGGAUAAUGAUGACAAUUUGGCGAAACAGUCAUCGUUUGACGAUACUGUUGUAUUUCCUGUACCUGAUCUAUUUAAAAGAGAUCAGGCAUCUUCGUCAAGCAAUUUGGACGUUGCUCAAAGUGGCGCAAAAAUAGACUGCAACGAGUGGGAGUACAAUAUAGCAGAGACACCUUCUAGAUAUGGAAACUAUGAGUUUCCGCGACACUGUCCUGACAUUCGAAGGUCCAGCGAGGGUGCAUGCGACACCAAAGUUUUGGAGGACAAAAUGUUUGACGAAGGACGUAGAUUUAGCGAUGGCGCGGUGCACGUUGCGGAUAGCCGACGCAAUGAAUGCACGUUACUGCAAAAGAGAAAGAGUCUCAAGAGACAAUCUAGAGUGUACGAUACAAUGGCGAUGCAAUAUUGCGACCUAAGUCCUAUUAAGUCUAGCGUAGCGGAUGCAAUACUCGAAUCUAACGUAGACAGUGAGGAAGUAUCGCAUGACAUAACUGAUAUUAGCAUACACCAAUUAAAUGCACCAAAGUCGUUCCAGUUGACUGAAAAUAAAGACGACACAGAAUUAGAGACGGAAGCGGAAUCUUGCUUGGGUAGUCCUAGUUACGCGUCUUCGCCAGGGGAGAGUUGUGAAUCCAUCGAUCAGAUAAGACAUCUUAAAAUUAUGGAAGAAGAUUCGGAAUCGAGCGAUCAUUCUUGUGUAAAGGACGCUCAGGUUUGCUAUUACAAAGAUAAGGUAUGUAACAGUUGCAAGCACGGUAGGAAUUGUUUGGAUUGCUGCUGCCAUGUGGAAAAGAGGAAAUAUUUGAAAAAAAUGGAGAAGAUUAUGCAAGAAAAUAAGAAAUUGGAGAACAUGCUGGCAAGAAAUAGAAGGGAAGUGGCGGAAAUUCGUGAUAUAUUGAGCAAUGUUUGGUCGGUUAGAAUGGAACCGGGAUUUUAGAUGAUUUAGUAAGAAGUUAAAUAUGCUCAUUUUGGUAAUUAAUAACGGUUAACUAAAAUCGUGAUAUAGGUGAAUAUACAUAUGUUAGGAGGAGAUAAUGAAUACCUUUAUAGAAAUUUAAAACUUUCUAUUUGAUAUUUUGAACUCAAUAUUCUUCUAUUUCAGAAGUCGAAUAUUUUCGAAGCUCAUAUUUUUUGUAAAAUACACUACCUAUUAUAACAAAAAAAAUAUUUCUACAAAUUGUACGAGAAUAAUCAAUCUCUUUUAGAGUCUAUAUUUUUUAGUUAAAAUAUAAAGAGUAGACGU